AUGCGUAACCAGCACCAUAAGUGGGCAUUGGGGCGUGAGUUUGACGACAAUGCUCCAAUGGCCAUGGGGCCCAACGAGGUACCCGCCGAAUGCGACCCACGUUGUAUCCUGGUUUCCAAGUUGCACCGACAGACCAUUGCCCAUACCCUUCACGAUUACUUUACGAGAUUCGGUCAAGUCGAGCGAGUGGAGAUAGAGCUUGACGAGGAUCGUCGUUCAAAAGGUCGUGCUAUUGUUCUCUUCGAUCAACCACCCUCUGAUUGCAGCUUUGUAUUUUCAAAAGCAAGGAUUGAUGGUGUACCUGUUGCUAUGAAGUUUGCACCAAAGGGAUUUUCGAAUGCACAUCCAUGGCGAGAGGCACCCAAGGAGCCGAAUACUGCACGAAUACCCGCAAAGCAAUUAUCGAUGGGAGUGAUGGUGGCUACCAAGGCCUUUGCAGAGAUGUGGUCAGCAGCAAUGAAUGUGGAAUUGAUCAUUGAUUACGACGUGCGUACUUGCAUUAUUCUCUUUUCAUACUUGGGCGAACGAUAUCGAAUGCGAUUUGACUUUGGCGACAUUGAUGGAAUGAUGCGACUCGAACGUGAUGGAUCAGCUAUUUAUCUUACGAUUUCAUUACAAUAUCCUCCCCACGUCAAGAGACAAAAGAUGAUGAAGGUGCCUGGUACAAGCGAUCAUUUGCACACACAGCGCAAUUCGACAGCGAGAGCAUGGGAACGUGUUGUGGAUAUUCCAGUUGACAUGAAUGCAAAGAGACGCUUGGAAGCUGAAAUUGCCAACAAUACCAAAGCCAAACGUAGUCCAGUACCACCUAUACCACCGGCUCAUCGUAUUGAUUUGGGUGGAUGGUUGACAUUGCGUAUCAAGCUUGAUCCUCCUGAAUACAUGCAGCCUGCAUUACAAGACAUGUUAGCCCAGGGAGCUCUAUUCAACCUUAUACCACGCGAUUAUCAAAAGGAACGACGACUCUUUUUACGUGUUAUUCCCGGCUCAACAUUGAAUAUCAAGGAUCACAUCUAUCGAGCCACCAAAAUCAAGGAUUUCGAUGUAUUAUACGCUCUUGAAUCAGCUGUAUCACGGCAUCAAGUCGAAUCAGCAAACAUGGAUGACAACUUUUACGACAUGAUGAAUCAGCUCGAACCAUGGAUCGCUGUUAGUCUAUUGACGUUAUUGAUGGAGCAUGGUGCAUUGGUACGCAAUCCAGCCGAGUUUUGUCACAACAUUUACAAGCAAAAACGUGGCAAGAUCAAUCAUCGGCAACAUAUUCCUCAGCAUUGCAUGGCGACUCGAAAGGUCUUUGUCACGCCAACGACCAUGUACCUUCAACCACCCGUUGUUGAAGUCACCAAUCGUGUUGUUCGUCACUUUGAGCAAUACGCUGAUCGCUUUCUUCGGGUACAAUUUGUUGACGAUGGAAUGAGACGCAUGCCAGCAUCCUUUGGUAUCGACCACAAUGAAGCUUUAUAUGAUCGAGUAUACAAGGUCUUGCGAGAUGGCAUCCAAAUUGGCACACGGCGCUAUGAAUUCCUGGCAUUUUCAAGUUCACAGCUUCGAGGCCAUGGUUGUUGGUUCUUCGCCCCCACGCAUGAAUUAACUCCAAAGAUGAUCCGUUCGUGGAUGGGAUCAUUUGAUCAUGUAAAAAUCAUUGCCAAGAAUGCCGUGAGAAUGGGACAAUGCUUUUCAUCGACUACCCCGACAAAGGAUUUGGAUAUCAGUCAAGUGGAGAUCAUUGAUGACAUUGAAGCCAACGGCUAUUGUUUCUCGGAUGGCAUUGGAAAGAUAUCACCUGCAUUGGCUCGAGAAGUGGCAAGCUUACUAAAGCUGGAUCAUCCGCCAAGUUGUUUUCAAUUUCGGUUGAGUGGUGCCAAAGGUGUGCUCGUCGUCUCCAAUUAUUUGAGUGGCAAGAGGCUUCAAUUACGACCAAGCCAAAUCAAGUUUGAAGCCAAUUAUACCAUGUUUGAAGUGAUCCGUGUAUCGCGUUUCCUACCAGCAUACCUCAAUCGACAAGCUAUCAUUCUAUUAUCAGCAUUGGGUGUCAAGGAUAAUGUGUUCAUGACUAUGACAAAGAACGCAAUGGAUGCAAUGGAUCUCAUGCUCAAGAACCCGUCCACGUCUACACGCCUCUUGACUCAGAAUUUGGAUGAAUUUGGUACAGCACGUGCAAUGAUGGCCAUCAUCAACUCUGGUUUUCUCGAACGCCAGGAUCCCUAUAUCACCAACCUGCUCAAACUCUUUCGUGCAUCACGAAUGAAGGAUCUAAAGGAGAAGGCAAAGAUUCAAGUGCCAAAGGGUGCAUUUCUCCUUGGUGUCCUUGAUGAGACCGAUUCAUUGGAGCCAAACGAGGUGUUUUGUCAAAUCUCAGAGAGUACCCUUGGAUCAAGUCAGCCCAUACGACGUGUCAUUGCGGGUGAUUGUAUUAUUUUCCGCAACCCAUGUUUCCAUCCUGGCGAUAUUCGUGUGGUUACAGCUGUCGAUUGUCCAAAGUUACGCCAUUUAUGUGAUGUGAUUGUAUUCCCUGCAAAAGGUUAUCGAGACCUUCCUAGUAUGCUUUCGGGAGGCGAUUUGGAUGGUGAUGAUUAUACGCUUAUUUGGGAUCCAUCGUUAAUUCCACCCAACCGGAACUUUGAACCACUUGAUUAUACACCAGAGGAGCCCAUGGAGGUGGAUCGCGUCAAGAUUUCACAUAUCCAAAAGUUCUUUGUCAAUUACAUGAACAAUGAUAGCCUGGGUCAGAUCGCACAUGCACACUUGGCAACAGCCGAUAUGUCACCCAUGGGUGCUCAGGAUGGCCGAUGUAUUCGUUUGGCACAGCUACAUUCACGUGCAGUUGAUUUCCCAAAGACAGGCAAACCUGCCAUUCUUGAAGAAGAUCUACGUGUGCGCGUAUUCCCUGAUUUCAUGCAAAAGAAGGACAAGGAAAGCUACAAGUCCGAAAAGGUGUUGGGACGUAUUUACCGAUCAAUCAAUCAAGAGGAUUAUGAGCAUUAUCGUGAAAAGCUUGUACACUUGGAGGGAACGACAUACGAUGUACGAUUGUGGACAGACAAUAUGGAGCCAUACAUUCUUCAAGCACGUGAAAUCAAAGCCGAGUAUGACCGAGACAUUCAAUCACUCAUGAAUCAAUAUGGCGUGUAUACCGAAAGCGAGUUGAUUUCAGGAUUUGUAAUGGAAUGGGGCCAAAUACCAGAUACAAGGAGCAACACAUUUGAGCUAUGCAAGCGGAUGAUGCGAGCGGUGACAUCGUUGCGUGAAAAGUACCGCCGAGAGCACUUCAUCAAGGAUCUCAUUGGCGACCGACCUCUAUACCAAGCCAGUGAUGAAGAUCGUAUGCAUUUGGAGACGAAGGCUGCCGCUUGGUACUAUGUCACUUACCAUCCUGAAGAGCGACGACGUGCACACUCUGGAAGUGAUUUUAUCAGCUUCCCAUGGAUACACUUUGACUUGCUUUGUGAAAUGGCACGUCGCAAUACCCAUCGUGAGGUUCUUCCUCGCAUGUACCAAGCGCUUGAUGAAAAGACCAUUCAGAGCUAUCGACAAGGCGAUUUGCAAUGGGUUGAGGAUAUUCAAAUUAAAGAAGAGGACGAAGAAGAUGAGCAAGAAGAGGAUGAGAGUGACGAAGAGGACGAAGAAGAGGAUGAGAGUGAUGAUGAUAGCAACCAUCAAGGCAACGAUUCUGGUACCGAGGAAGCGGAGCAUCCAGUGUUCGAGAUCAAGAUUGCAGAUUUGAAAAAGUUUAUUUCACAAAGAACAAGCAGCAACGUAGCAAAGUCAAUAUCCUCAUCCAACAUUUUACCGUCACCAAGCAGCUCAAAGUCUCAUACCAUUGAACGAAAGGCUGACAGCAUUCAGCAACCACACAAACCCGAUUAUGUACAUCUGAAAAGCGACCACACCGAUGAAGAGAUGGCCAAAGUUCUCUUUAGUUAA